AUGGAAAACGAAAGAAUCGAUGAGCCUUCUUCAUCAGAUCAACACCAUACCAGUAGUCCUAGACGAAGAAGAGAUUCAAGACAAUGUAAACUCGCACCUGAGGAAAAUUCCUUCAACCUUCGGAAAUCUCGAAUGAAGGCCAGGGUGCAGAGAGAACAGAAGCUACGAGACGCUAGGGCAGCAGUUGAAGCAAGGAAACGUCGAAACAGUAGUCGUCGAAAUCAUUCUGAUGAAGAUGAGAUUGAAGAAAGUGGAACGACAGAAGAUUGGAAUACGUCAGAUUCUCAGCGAAGCAGCAGUCGCCGAAACCAUUCUGACGACGAGAUUGAAGACAGUGGAGCGUCAGAAGACUGGCAUACGUCAGAUUCUCAGAAUCACGAGAAUAAGGACGAUGCCGAGAUUGUCCCAUUUGCAGCUGCAGAACCACUCCCGCAUGCAAAGAAUUUGUCAGAGGACAGCCAGAUUGGUUCAGAUGUCACCGCAACUCCGAAUGGAACUGUCGCAGCAUCAUCUGCUGAAGUUGUGACAGGUGAAAGAAGGCGACAUGAUUCUAGUAGCAGCGACAGCAGCGAGGAUGGAACUGAGGACGCAAGCGUCCUAAGUCUCCGGGCUGAAGCCACCCCCAUUCAUGACGAUCCCCAACAUGAUCAAGGAGACAGUGCAGAACGUGGGAAUCAAGAUAGGGAAGAGCAGCUGCAGCAAGAACGCCGCCAGUCACAUGAAAGACAAGUAAGGUCGUCAUUAGAAGCCAAGAAUCGCCAGAGGUUUCCCAGAAAGUGCAAACUCAUUACGGCUGCUCUUUUCGUUGCAUUAUUUGGCGGUGCUGGAGCCUUCUUUGCUAUCCGAGCCACUGCGCCAUCCAGCUUCCCCAUGCCAGCCAAACGGAUCUCGAUAGCUCCAACAUUUGCGCCAUCACCUGAAGCUUCCGCACCUAAGACAGAUCCUCCUACGCAAGAGCUAGUUUAUGAUCCACCAUCAUCUGAGGAAUGUGAGACUAUCAGUAGUGGGGGACGUCUUGAGGGUGAAGAAGGAUUGCGAGUGAGUCGAUACAAUGUCGAAUUGGAUGUGGAAUUGACUCCGACUGCAACAGUGGAGGAUGCUUUAGAUACCAUGGCCAACGUGACACAACAAGUAUUGAUUCCAGAUCUUGCGGGCUGUUUUGGUGCACAGCGUAAUCUUUUGAGCCAUUAUCAACUGCGUCGGAGUAUGAUGGAUCCUAGCCCAAGGUACAAUCCCAACCGUUAUGCUAUUGCCACGGGAAAUUCGACAAUUCGACUUGCUGUCGGCAGGAGUUGUGAGAGCGGAAGCGGUGGACCAUGUAUAGGUAUCGAUGUGAUACUUUUUUUGGCUGCCAAGAAUGCUGACGAAAAACAAUUCGUCUUCCAGUCGCUCAUAAUUGAGAUCUUUGGGCCAGAUGACCUGGCCACUUCACUUAGUCUUGGUGCCGUUCUGGCGUCGAUCAAGCUUAUCGACGUGAAAAUCAAUUCUGAAACAGAUACUCCAAGUGAGCUCCCAACCAACAUGCCUACCAUCUUGACAUCAGAGCAGCCGUCAGAUUUGCCCAGUUCGACUCCAUCGAGAACACCCACGAAGAGUCCAACUGCGGCACCAACACAGCUUCCAAGUCUUGGCCCAACCAUACAACCAUCCCAGAUUCCGAGCGACCUGCCAUCGAUUACACCAUCAACUGCGAUGCCUUCCAGUGAUCCUUCAGCACCCCCAUCCCGAAUACCAACACAGUCACCGUCGACUGACAGUCCAAGUGUAGAUCCAACAAGUACAGUCAUACCCACGACAAAUCCAACGGCAUCGCAAGUACCGACGGUGACUCCGAAUCCAUCUGAUACUCCAACACGAAAACCAACAGUAACACCAUCGGAGGAGCCAACAUCUGAUCCAACCUCGAUACCAGCGCUUCCUUCUCAACAACUUUUUCGAUCGCCUACUUCCGUUCCGACGGAAGAGCCCGAAGUGGUGGUAGACUAUUUCCCGGAAUAA